AUGUCAGGUAUUGUCAUCAAAAUUGUGGAAGCAUUUGAGCACUUGAAAAUGUUGGGAUAUGUAUUGAGCAGAGAGAGAAAGAAAAAGAAAGUAAUGAGAGAAAUUAGUAAAAAUUCAGGCUCAGGGUCUUCAUUCUGGACAUGGAAAUCUCCACUUCCUUACCUUUUUGGAAGUCUAGGAUUAAUGUUGCUUCUCAUUGUUGUUGCUCUCAUCGUCCUCGCUUGUUCUUUCCACAAACGCCUUUCUUCCUCCGACCAGCAGAUCAAAUCUUCAUGUCCACCGGUUAACAGUACAGUUGUCGAGAUGUCUCCGAGGAUCGUCGUCAUCAUGGCCGGUGAUCAAAAGCCAACGCACAUCGGAGUUCCUAUUAGUUCUGAUAAAACUCAUACAGCUGUCUGA